CUUCAGUCUGAUUUACGGAAAAAGUCAAAGUUGGCAAAAUAUAAAUGAAUGCAUAAAAAGACAACAGUUAGUUGAACAGCUGACAGGACAGACCCACCACGCUGGCAGUCCGCUGUAACGUUACCUGGCAUUGGACCGUUAAUUCAUUCGAACCGCUGGAUUAAACUGCCUAGAAAUCAGCAGAGAACUUGUAGUUUAUUUUACACAAGUUUAUUUGACACAUUUUGCAACAUGUUCAGCUGGGCGAACAACGACGGGAAGAAAAAGGACCCCGAACUGUUUCAGACUGUUUCUGACGGGUUGAAGCGACUCUACCGGACCAAAUUAUUUCCACUAGAAGACACGUACCGCUUUCACGACUUCCACUCUCCGGCUCUGGAAGAUGCUGAUUUCGAUAACAAGCCGAUGGUACUUUUAGUGGGCCAGUACUCCACAGGGAAAACCACUUUUAUUCGUCAUCUCAUGGAGCAGGAUUUCCCCGGGAUGCGCAUAGGCCCCGAACCGACCACCGAUUCAUUCAUAGCGGUGAUGUACGGGGAACAGGAGGGUCUGAUCCCGGGCAAUGCUUUAGUGGUUGACCCCAAGAAACCCUUCAGAAAACUCAACGCCUUUGGAAACGCCUUUCUGAACAGGUUUAUAUGUGCUCAGAUGCCAAAUGCAGUGCUGGACAGCAUCAGCAUCAUAGACACUCCUGGAAUUCUGUCCGGAGAGAAACAGCGGAUUAGCAGAGGUUAUGACUUUGCUGCUGUGCUCGAAUGGUUUGCUGAACGUGUGGACCGCAUCAUUCUUCUCUUUGAUGCACACAAGUUAGAUAUCUCAGACGAGUUCUCUGAGGUGAUCCGAGCUCUGAAAAACCACGAGGACAAGAUGCGGGUGGUGCUCAACAAAGCUGAUCAGAUCGGGACCCAGCAGCUCAUGAGGGUCUAUGGCGCCCUCAUGUGGUCUCUCGGUAAAAUCGUCAACACCCCAGAGGUCAUCCGAGUGUACAUUGGUUCUUUCUGGGCUCAGCCUCUCCUGGUUCCAGAUAACAGGAAACUGUUUGAGGCAGAGGAACAAGACCUUUUCCGUGACAUCCAGGGGCUUCCACGUAAUGCAGCGUUGCGCAAGCUGAACGACCUCAUCAAACGGGCACGUCUUGCCAAAGUUCAAGCCUACAUCAUCAGUGCUUUGAAGAAAGAAAUGCCAAAUGUUUUUGGGAAAGAGAAUAAGAAAAAGGAACUCAUUGCUAACCUGGGUGAAAUCUACACAAAGAUUGAAAAGGAACAUCAGAUCUCCCCUGGUGAUUUCCCUAAACUCAGUAAAAUGCAGGAAGUCCUUGCUGGUCAGGACUUCACUAAGUUUCAGGGAUUGAAGCCCAAGUUGCUGGAAGCAGUAGAGGACAUGCUGGCCAACGACAUUGCCAAACUCAUGACCCUCGUUCGGCAGGAGGAGGCUGCCAUGCCCAGCCAGUCUGUCCAGGGUGGUGCCUUUGAGGGCACCAUGAAUGGACCCUUCGGGCAUGGCUAUGGAGAGGGUGCUAGCGAAGGCAUUGAUGAGCUGGAGUGGAUAGUGGCGAAAGACAAGCCAACUUACGACGAGAUCUUCUACACCCUGUCACCUGUCAACGGGAAGGUCUCUGGUGCCAUGGCCAAGAAAGAGAUGGUCAAAUCCAAACUGCCCAACAACGUUCUAGGAAAAAUCUGGAAGCUCGCUGAUGUGGAUAAGGAUGGGUACCUGGAUGAUGAGGAGUUUGCCCUAGCUAACCACCUCAUCAAGGUUAAACUGGAAGGUCACGAGUUACCUGCUGAUCUUCCUGAUCACCUUGUGCCUCCUUCUAAACGAGGACUGUAAACAAUUUGGGAAAAUAAAUGUUAUCUUUGAGCCAAACUUUGUAGAGGUUAUGGAUAUGGGUGAAAGGGUGGGUCUAGAAAUAUGAAAAUAUAUAAACAGAAUUUAUGAUAUAAUUAUACAGUAUGCAUUAGCUGCGGAAAAGAGCCAAAAUAGCUUUUAACUUAUCUAUCACUACAGUUUGUCAUUCUCACUAAUAUUAUCUUCUUUGUUCUUGAUAGACUGGUAGUUAGGAACCUAAUCAAAACUUUAAAAAUA